AUGAACGUCCGACUGACCCUCGAGUACGACGGCACCGACUACCGCGGCUGGCAGAUCCAGCCCGGUGGACCGACGAUCCAGGGCAUUCUGGAAGAGGCACUGGCCGUCCUGCUGAAGCAGCCGGCGCGAAUCCUGGGGUCUGGGCGAACGGACGCCGGCGUUCAUGCGCGGGGCCAGGUGGCGAAUUUCGCGUGCCCCGACGGCCGGGACCUGACCCGAAUUCAGCGGGGCCUCAACGCCCUCACCCCGGACGACAUGACGAUAAGGGCGGUAGAGGCGGCGUCCCCCUCGUUCGAUGCCCGGAGAGAUGCGAGGAGGCGCGUCUACGAAUACCGCCUGUGGAACCACCCUUGGCGGUCGGUGUUCAACGACCGGUAUUCGUGGCACGUACGCAGGCCGUUGCGCGUCGACGCCAUGCGCGAGGCGUUGGCCGCGUUGGAAGGGGAGCAUGACUUCUCGUGUUUCCGGGCCGCCGGGUGCGGCGCCGCUACCGCGGUCCGGCGGAUCUACCAUAACGAGCUGUUCCUGUGGGAGGAUCACUGGGUCUAUCGCGUUGAAGCCACCGGCUACCUCCGGCAUAUGGUACGCAACAUCGUCGGCACGCUGGUGCAGAUAGGGCUCGGUGAGCGGGAUGCCGGCGGUCUCCCGGCAUUGAUCGACAGCCGCGACCGUACGCAGGCCGGCCCCACCGCGCCCGCACGGGGCCUGUUUCUGGUGGAGGUGUGCUACGAAUAG